ACAAAGGGGUCCGUGGGCUAUCGAACAGCCUCACCAACAAGGACGCUGAUUAUUGAUUAAUUAACCUAUAAUCCACCCAUAAUCCGGUACGGGAAUAAUAAUAGUAAUACUGUAAAUACAAAUUGUGUAGCGCUCUCGCGCUCCUCCCCAAGGUGUCUCUGUCUGGUGACUCUGGUCUUUCGGUUUUCAGAGGGAGAAAGAGGGAAGGGAGACUGUGCCGUCGACUUUAGAGAGAGAGAGAGAGAGAGAGAGAGAGAGAGAGAGGAAGCAGCAAUGGCGCCGAGAGCGAGACCCAGAAAGCGUCUGACACGAAUGGACGCCGCCAUUGAUGCGAUGACACCCCUCGGCUUCCCUGAGCAGCUGGUUCGCAGAAUCGUCAAGGGUCUCCUGGAGGUAUACGGGGGAGAUGAAGGUUGGCCGUUUAUUGAGGCGGAUGCUUACAAGAUUCUUAUAGAUACCAUUCUUGAUCAACCAGAAGAGGGGGAUGUAGGAGAGGAAAGAAAUGAAAAUGAAAACCUAUUGACCGUAGGAGAGGAAAGAAAUGGAGAUGAAGAACUUUUGCCGGUAGGACAGGAAACACAUGAAGAUGAAAACCUUUUGCCAGUAGGAGAGGAAAGAAAUGAAGUUGAAAACCUUUUGACGAACGGGGCAUUGGGGGAUGAAAGACCUGGAUGCUCUAUUGUAGCAGAUGAUCCUGGGCCCUCCACUCUAUCUCUUCCGCCUAUAUCCUCUGAGGUCCUUGAUUUUAUGCCAACCCCACGUCUUGAUUUUAUUCCGACCCCACCUCCGGCCAGCGGUCUCACAAGAAGGAGGCGUAGACCUUGCUAUGGGUGGAUUAGCAGUGAUGAAUCUUGUGAUGAACCAGACGAUUUCAUCAUGCUAACUCCAGCUCCAAGAUUGAAGCGACGGAAUCUGAUAUCAAGGUGGGAUGUAAGACCCUGAUGAUAUGCAAGCGUGUCUUAACUCUCCCCAAGAUUGAGAGCCUAUAUUUCUUCUUCGAACCACGUCAAACCAUCAUCAGAAAAUAGGCUGCUAAAAGUCUUUGGGCAUUUCUAAUGUGAUCUGAUCUUUGUAGUUAUGGUUUUGAGAGUAUGAAGUCAUGAUUUCUCUAUACUAAGUGCUGGCAGUUGAGCAUGGUAUAUAGCACAUUUCCGGAAUUUAGUUUGUGAGGUUUGUUGUUAUAUUGUAGUAGUAGUAGUAGUAAUUUUCGUUUGGUAUGUACUGAUUGGUUUUACCAUGCUCUAACUAUAUCUUCCUUGCAGCAUCCUUUUAUCAAUUCGUAGUUUCCUUUUGAG